AUGCAGCUCAAGCCCUCCCUCCUUGCCGCCGCUGCCCUCCUCGCCACCGGAGCUCGCGCCAGCUCCGUCGCCUAUGACGUCUGUCAGACGGCUGGUUGCAACACCGUCGCCGUGGCCUGCUACGCCGGCGCUAGCUUCGCCUUCGGAACCUUCACCGCCGGCCUCGGUGUCCCCCCCGCUCUCGUCGCCUGCCAGACCACGCUGGAGAAGUGCUCGUCGGCCUGCGCCUCGCUCUUCCCUUCGACCCCGUAG